CUGGGAGGCGCGCGGAGCGGGCUGUGACGCAGCUUCCCCCGUGAGGCGGCGGCGGGAGCGGCGCGGAGCGAGCGGCCCGGCCCGGGCUGCCCGGUUUGGGGAAAAACCUGAUACAUCCUAAAAAUGUUUAACAAAUCCUUUGGGACUCCAUUUGGAGGCAGCACUGGCUUUGGGACAACUUCCACUUUUGGGCAAAAUGCUGGCUUUGGUACCACGAGUGGAGGAGCCUUUGGAACAUCAGCCUUUGGGUCCAACAAUAACACUGGAGGCCUCUUUGGGGGCACCCAGACCAAACCAGGAGGAUUGUUUGGCUCGACCACGUUUAACCAGCCAGCCACCUCCUCCACAAGCACUGGCUUUGGGUUUGGAACAUCAACUGGGACAUCAAACAGCCUGUUUGGAACCACCAGCACGGGUGGGGGCCUCUUCUCAUCCCAGAAUAAUGCCUUUGCACAGAACAAGCCAGCUGGGUUUGGAAACUUUGGCACCAGUACCAGCAGUGGAGGUCUCUUUGGAACUACUAACACCACUUCCAAUCCUUUUGGGAGUACUUCUGGCUCUCUUUUUGGCCCAACUAGUUUUACUGCUGCUCCAACUGGCACAACCAUCAAGUUUAAUCCACCAACUGGUACAGAUACUAUGGUCAAGUCUGGAGUUAGCACCAGCAUCAACACCAAGCACCAAUGUAUCACCGCUAUGAAAGAGUAUGAGAGCAAAUCCCUGGAGGAACUCCGUUUAGAAGACUACCAGGCAAACAGGAAAGGGCCCUCAAACCCUGUAGGGGCAGGAGCAGCUGCAGGAUUGUUUGGAUCUUCCACUGCUACAUCGAGUACAGCCACAGGACUGUUUGGCUCUUCUACAACUAACACGGGCUUUUCAUAUGGGCAGAAUAAAACUGCUUUUGGAACCAGCACGACUGGCUUUGGAACUGGCACGACGGGGGGUCUCUUUGGCCAGCAGUCCCAAACCACCAGUUUGUUCAACAAACCCUUCGGCCAAGCCACGACGACGCAGAACACCGGCUUCUCCUUCGUCAACACCAGCACUUUGGGGCAGCCCAACACGAGCACCAUGGGUCUCUUUGGGGUAACCCAGCCCUCACAGCCUGGAGGCCUGUUUGGAACAGCUGCCAAUACAAAUGCUGGUACUGGAUUUGGAACUGGAACUGGUCUGUUUGGACAAACUAACACAGGAUUUGGUGUUGGUGGUUCGACUCUGUUUGGUAACAAACCAGCUGGAUUUGGAACCACUACAACCAGUGCUCCCUCCUUUGGCACAACCACUGGCGGCGGCCUCUUUGGUUUUGGUGCCAACACUGCUGGAAAUAGUUUGUUUGGAAAUAAACCUGCUACUGGGACUCUGGGAACUGGGCUUGGAACAGGAUUUGGGACAGCUCUUGGGGCAGGACAGACAUCUUUGUUUGGAAACACCCAACCUAAGCUUGGAGCAACGCUCGGAACGGGACCCUUUGGAGCAGCAGGGUUCAACACAUCAACAGCUACUCUGGGCUUUGGAGCCCCUCAGCCUGCUGUGGCACUGACAGACCCAAAUGCCUCAGCUGCCCAGCAGGCUGUUCUGCAGCAGCACCUCAAUAGCUUGACUUACUCCCCCUUUGGAGAUUCCCCACUCUUCAGAAACCCCAUGUCAGACCCAAAGAAGAAAGAAGAGAGGCUGAAACCAACCAACCCAGCAGCUCAGAAGGCCUUAACAACACCCACCCACUACAAACUGACCCCGCGUCCGGCCACCAGAGUGCGCCCCAAGGCUCUGCAGUCUGCUGGCUCUGCCAAGUCUCACCUCUUUGAUGGCCUUGAUGAUGAUGAGCCCUCCCUCUCCAACGGGGCAUUCAUGCCAAAGAAGAGCAUCAAAAAGUUGGUUUUGAAGAACCUCAACAGCACCAACUUGUUCUCCCUGGUCAAUCGUGAAAACGAAGACCUGGCUUCUCCAUCCGAGUAUCCCGAGAACGGGGAUCGGUUCUUUUUGUCAGUGCCUCCUGAUGAAAACCACAGGCAAGACGGUGAGCGAGAGGAGGAGGAGGAUCCUCACGAGGUGACCAGGUUUUACACUAACCCCAUUGCCAAGCCCAUCCCACAGACCCCGGAGAACCCGGGGCAGAAGCACCAGAACAGCGUGGACGACACCAUCGUGGCCCUCAACAUGCGCGUGGCCUUGCGCAACGGGCUGGAGGGCAGCAGUGAGGACGCCUCCUUCCAUGAUGAUUCCCUUCAGGAUGAGCGUGAGGAGGAGCCUGAAACUGUCCAUCAUCUGCAUCCUGCAGGAAUUGUUCUGACAAGAGCUGGUUAUUACACCAUCCCCUCCAUGGAGGAGCUGGCCAGACUGACCAGCGACAGGAGCGAGUGCAUCGUGACAGACUUCACCAUCGGCCGCAAAGGUUAUGGAUCGAUUUACUUUGAAGGAGAAGUGAAUCUCACCAACUUAAAUCUGGAUGACAUUGUGCACAUCCGGAGGAAAGAAGUGAUUGUGUAUCCUGACGAUGAAAGAAAACCCCCUGUUGGUGAAGGGUUGAACAGGAGAGCUGAGGUGACCUUGGAUGGAGUCUGGCCUACGGAUAAAACAUCUCGCUGCCUGAUCAAGAGCCCCGAGCGCCUGGCCGAGAUGAACUACGAGGGGCGGCUGGAGGCCGUGUCGCGCCGGCAGGGCGCGCGCUUCAAGGAGUACCGCCCAGAGACUGGCUCCUGGGUCUUCAAGGUGGCACACUUCUCCAAGUAUGGCUUACAGGAUUCGGAUGAGGAAGAGGAAGAGCAUCCUUCCAAAGUGGACACAAAGAAGCUAAAAACAACCCCGGCACCUCCCCCAGGGCACCUGCUGCCCCAGCAAAUGACCCUGAACGGGAAGCCCACCCCUCCAUCCCAGGAUUUGUGGGACCCUCCAGUCACAGGGACAGGGCAUCUCAGGGCCUGCAGUGGGCCCAGGACUUCUCUGGCCACCCUUCAGAAGGUGACCCAGGCAGAGGAGGGUUCCAUUUCUGCAUCUCUGAAGCCAAAGCAUGAAAAGCAGCUGAAGAAGCAGUGCUGUCAUAGGACCCCUGAAGUGGAGCAGCUGGGCCGGGUGGUGGAGCUGGACAGUGACAUGGCAGACAUCACCCAGGAGCCUCCCCUGGAGUCCCUUGGAGAAGACAACCUGCUGGAGGAGCAGGAGGCCGUGCCUGCUUCCACUCACAUCGCCUCCACCCUGGGCAUUAACCCCCAUGUCUUGCAGAUCAUGAAAGCUUCCCUGCUUGCUGAUGAAGAUGACCUAGACUUGAUCCUGGAUCAUUAUCCUGGGAAACAACCUGUGAAAAUGGACACUUCUCAAGAGAUCUGUUCCCCAAGGCUCCCUAUCUCAAAAUCACAAGGACAGAAAAGAUACUCAGUUGGUGGGCUGCUGCAAUCCAGGUUUGCUAAUGCCAUUUUCCAACCUCCGAGUGCUGCUCUGCAAGAUGCCAAGGGACCCAGGACAUCCAGCAGCCCUCCUGCUGUCACCCCUUGGUCAGCCACUUCUCCCUUGGCCUCUGCCUUCUCCGUCCCUCCGUCUGUCCCUGAGGUGCAGAUGAAAACAGUCGGUGUCCGUCGGCAUCGGGGGCUGGUGCCUCUGGAAAAGUCCAUCACCUAUGGAAAAGGGAAGCUGCUGAUGGACAUGGCACUCUUCAUGGGACGCUCGUUUCGUGUUGGUUGGGGACCCAACUGGACACUUGUCAAUUGUGGAGAUCAGUUGAGUGGAUCAAGUGAAAGGGAAGAUGUUCGGGACGAGUCUGUGGGAUACGGGUUCCUGCCAACUCCUGUUGCUCCAAAACCACUCUCAGAAUCCUCUUUCAAAGUUCAUGUGGAGAAGCUGAGCUUAGAGCAACGGAAGAUGGGCAGGGACAAACAGCUGUACCUCAUCCCCCUGGAGAUAAAGCUGAAGCACAGCACUGUCCACAUGGAUGAGAAGUGUCCUCUUCUAGCUCCCAACCCAGGAGUUUCUGCCAUCCAUGACUAUGCAGACUGGGCUCGGGAGGCAUCCGAGGAUCCUGCAGGGACAGAGACUGUGGUGAAGCACUGGUGCUUGACGUGGACUCUAUGUGAAGCCAUCUGGGGCAACCUGAAGGAGCUGGAGGCCAGGCUGGAGGAGCCCAGCGAGUACCUGCUGUCCCUGGAGCGCAGAAGGGCCUUUUCCCGCUGGCUGGCGGAGACGGCGGCGCGGCGCAUCGAGGAGGAGGUGUCCUUGUCCCGCCACGGCAGCCCCGUGGAGGCCGUGUUCAGCUGCCUGACUGGGAGGAGAAUUGGUGAAGCCUGCAGGCUGGCACAGCAGGCAGGUGACCACAGGCUGGCUCUGCUGCUGUCCCAGCUGGAGGGCAGCCAGCCCCUGCGGGACCUGCUGACCAUGCAGCUGGUGGACUGGCACCGGCUGCAGGCCGACCGCUUCAUCGCCGAGGAGCGGCUGCGCCUCUUCGCCCUGCUGGCCGGGAAGCCGGUGUGGCAGCUCUCAGAACGAGUCAGCAUCAACGUGUGCUCGCUGCUGGACUGGAAGCGCUGCGUGGCUGUUCACCUCUGGUACCUGCUGCCUCCAACAGCUCCCAUUGCCAAGGCUCUGGCCAUGUACGAGGCAGCAUUCCAGAACACAGCAGAGUCUGAAAAAUACGCCUGCUGCCCUUUGCCUCCUUACCUGGAGGAUUCUGGCUGUGUGGUUGAAGAAGAUGACAGUGCAGGAAGGCCUCUGAGAGACGUGUGCUUCCACCUGCUCAAGCUCUACAGUGACAGGCACUAUGAUCUUGACCAGCUGCUUGAUCCCAGGAGCGUGACGUCCGACCCCCUGGACCAUCGCCUCAGCUGGCACCUCUGGGAGGUGCUGAGGGCCCUGAACUACACCCACCUCCUCAGGCAGAGCCAGGGGGUGCUGAACACCAGCUACGCUGCCCAGCUGGAGAGUGAGGGGCUGUGGGAAUGGGCUGUGUUUGUCCUGCUGCACGAGCCAGACACACGCACCCGGGAGAAGGCCGUGCGGGAGCUCCUGGACCGGCACUGCAGCCUGGACGAGACCCCAGAGUCCUGGAGCAAGGAGAUGUUCCUGACACAGAGACUCUGCGUCCCCCCAGAGUGGAUUCAUGAAGCAAAGGCAGUUCGAGCAAGGAUGGAGGGGGACAAGCACAAAGAAGCCCUCUUCUUGUUCAAGGCUGGGCAUUGGAACCAGUGUCACAAGCUGGUUGUCAGACACUUGGCCUCAGAUGCCAUUAUCAACGAGAACUACAAGUACCUGAAGGGAUUCCUGGAAGAUCUGGCCCCUCCAGAGCGCAGUGCCCUGAUCCAGGACUGGGAGCUGGCAGGGCUGGUCUACCUGGACUACAUCCGCGUUACCGAGAUGCUCGACAGGAUCCAGCAGGUGGAUUGUUCCACCUACGAGCUGGAGAGGUUACACACCACAGUGACAUCCCUGUGCAACAGGAUUCAGCAGCUCCAGUGCCACUGUGCCAAGGACUCCCUGGCACAGUCAGACAUGGCCAAGCGCCUGGCCAACCUGCUGCGGGUGGUGCUGAGCCUGCAGCACUGCCCCGAGCCCGACCUGCAGCGCGUCCCGCUGCGCCUGCUGGCCCCGCACCUCGGCCGCCUGCCCAUGCCCGAGGACUACGCCCUGGAGGAGCUGAGGAGCCUCACCCAGUCCUACCUGCGGGAACUGACCGUGGGCACGCCCUGAGGAAGGGGCCCUGCCCCCCAUCGACAGCUUUUCUUUCCCCCUCCCCCCACUUUUCACUCUUCUGUGUUAACGUUUCUGUUGGGAGGUGAAGAACCUCUCCAGCCGCCCGGGUUUUCCCCUCCAGGUGUAAAGCAGCUGGAGCCUGUCGGGCUAACGCUGGAAUUCCGGAGUGUUGGACCUUGCUGGCUGGUACCCCCGGGGCCACCCGGCGUUUCCUAGACUCAAUAAAGCUCCUCUUGCCAAACCCACCGGCAGGGGAGGUUGUACCCGCGGAGGGGGCAGGCUCUGAGCUUCCUUUCCCGGCAGCUCCUUGUCACUCCUGUUCCUUGCAGCACAGAGGAUGGUGGAGCAAGGUCUGGGAUAUUUGGGGUUGUUUGGUUGGUUUUUUCCCCUGUGGGUAGAUUCCUGCUUUGGUGGGACUGCAUUUGUCAACUGAUGGACCUUUGGCACCUCAACUGACCACGGAUGAGCUUCAGCCAGGGCUUGAUGUUCCAAGUCUGCUCUGGGGUUUGGGGAGGGAGAAGAAAUGAAGCUCUGCUCUGAAGUGUCUUUUCCUGCAUCCUUCUCUCCCCUGGAGCUCUGCCAGCCUCUCGUUUCUCUCAUUUCUCCCAUUUCUCCAUCUCCAAGAGCAAAGCCAGCUCCUUCCCAGCCUCAGGAGCAGGGGAAGUGACACCUCUGUGUGUGCCUUAGGGCGGCCUCGGGGAUGGACACCUCCUGGGGCCCACAGGCAGUAAAACACUGGGAGCUUCUCCCAAGAGUUGCUGCAUUCCAGGACCACGGGUUCCUGCUGGGAGGGAGCAAACUGCUGGGAAAGUAGAACAGCCCCAAGAGCUCCCAGGAGUGGAGCAGCCCGGCUGGAAUCCCUGCCAGACCCAGCCUGUGCAGGCAGCCCCAGCUCCAUCCCCCGUCCUUUGCUGGGUCAUGUUGAGUGGAGCCCACGUCCCUGCCCGUGUCCUCGGGCUUCCCCUUCACUGUGUUCAGAAACCAACUGGUUUUGGGGAGAAGGAAAAAAAGAAAAGCUGCCUCUGUCCCUGCUCUGGGGUCAGGGCAGUGGCUUCCAGCCCCCCCGGGGUUCCCCUUGGCUCACCCCAGGUCUUUUCUGCAUGAGGCUUCUGUAAAGAUUUUUAUUUAAAAAAAAUAUAAAUAAAUGAUCUAGAUUAUUUUCCUGUCUUUUUGAAAACAAUAAAUAAAAUGUUUAUAGUA